AUGGGCGACGACGGACGUCAAUCGCCACAGGACACGUACGAUUUACACAAGGAAGACGUGUUUGCGGAGGAAAUGGCACCGGCACAACCCGAAUCUAUUCGAUUGGAUCGACGCGAUCUACGGAGCAUUCUGGACGCUAUCAGAGGUACGGACUCCAGGUUGAGUGAGUUCCUCGAAUCCGUGAAACCCAAAGAGGAGUCUACUUUAAGGAAGAGAAAAGCGGCUCUACCUCCUCCCUUUCGAAAGCGGGAAGCAGCUUGGUCACCUGCUUCCCGCUCUUUCCAACCCACUAUGGAUAGCAAGCGUAUUUCGAAAGAAGUCGCAUGCGCAGACAGGAGUACUCCCCGCCGCAUCGCUCGGAUUACAGGUUCCACCGAGAACUGGACAGAAGAAAGAGAAAGUGUAGGACCUGUGGACAAGAAGGUCACUGGUGGCGAGACUGCCCGAAAAGAAAAUACUCAUCCUGCUUUCAUGCAGUCGACGUCGUUAGGGCCGAUCUCACUAAGGCAGGAAAUUUCUUCGUUGAAGAGAAGUGAAGUCCCGAGAACUAGGGAUUUGGCCGCAAGUGGCCGAAAUCCACGCACGAAUGUCGAGAAAUUCGUUACUGGUUGUUUAGACUAA